ACACUCAACGCAGUGGCACCUGUCCCCUGUCGGAAAGAGCUAAAGUCGAAGAUCACAGCGUGGCAUCGUCAAGAGGCACAAUUAGCUUAUAGCAAACCAACUCAUGGGGUGGUAAACGAUGACAAGAAGUUCGCUGUGGCGCUCGAUGUGUCGCAGUUCAAGCCACAGAAGAUAAUAGUGUGCAUCGACGGAAGAGAUGUCAUCAUUGCAGGGCACCAGAAGCUGAAGGCCGAUCACGGCUUCAAAGAGAGGUCAUUCGUCCGUAGGUGGGCUCUGCCCGAAGACGUCGACCUCAACGCGGGGCGCACUCAGCCGCUGGACGGCGUGAUACUGGAGAUUGAGGCUCCGAAGACUGGCGAGCUCACCAACAGGAGAGUACUGCUAUUA